UAAAGUAGGGCAAGUGAAUUUUUAAUUGUGGCUAGUAAAUUCUUAAAAUCACUGAUCCCAUGGCUAGUGGAUUUUAUAAAAAUUCUACAAGCCCUGAUUUAUUCCUAAAUUUCGCAAUUGGCGAAUUUGGCGAGUGGCAGAGCUAGCCCUGAUAUAGAAAUAAUAAUUAUAAAAAUUUACCCCAGAGGUUGUUCAAUAAAAUUCAACUAUCAGUUCGUGGACAGAAAUGAUAGUAAUAAUAUAUGCAAAAGUCUCAUAUUUUGUGAAACUCCGUUUUCCUGAAGUUUUAUUAAAUAUGAUUUGGUAAUAAAGAACCUAUAGAAAGUCCACAUUCCAAAAACAUUGGAUAUCAGAUCUUAUAUUGUUGUUAUAUGUACAUGUGCGUGUAUGAAUGCAGACAAUGCCUGCCAGUCUUCUUACAACAUGUCUUAGGUUGGUUUUUAUGUUUCGAGCAUUUAAUACGUGCGAAGAGAGGAUUGGUUUUGCAAAAUCUUCCGAUCGAUAUCUCGGAACGGCUAACGAACAUACUCGAUGAUUUCCGAACGAACCAGGUUACGCUGGUAGUUCUCGUAAAUGAAUGAAUGAAUGAACGAACGAACAAGUGUUGCUGCGUCGUGUUAUUCAUUUUCGUGAAACAUACCUCCGAUUACGAUCUUGUGAGAAAUAUUUUGUAUUAAUAGAUGUGUAAAUUACGAACUGGGUGAAAUACAGCACUAAGAGAACAAUGAGAGGAUCAGGUGGCCACAUUCCUGGAUUUCCGCCGGCACAGGGACUUUACGACCCCCAGUAUGAAAGUGAGGCUUGUGGAGUGGGGUUCGUGGUCAACAUUGACGGAAUAAAGUCACACCGGGUUCUCCAUGAUGCGCAAGUGAUGCUGCAGAGGAUGGACCACCGUGGAGGCUGCAGCUGUGACAACGACACUGGCGAUGGUGCCGGGGUACUCACUGGCAUUCCACACAAACUCUACGACCGACUACUCAGGGAGCAAGGUGUGCAGCUCCCGGAGCCUGGUUGCUAUGCAACAGGUCUUAUCUUCAUGGAUACAGUUACAGCUAAUAAAGCUGAGGGUUUGUUUGUCAAGAUGGUGCAAGACUUCGGUCUGAAGAUUCUAGCAUGGCAAACCGUAAGGGUAGAUAACUCUCAGAUUGGCGAGAUCGCCCGACAGACGGAGCCACUUGUUCGCCAGGUGUUUGUCACUGGGUCAGAUGACAAAGACGUGUUCACGAGACAGGUUUACUUGCUGAGAAAGUUUUCAUCUCACCAUAUUCCAGAACAUGAUGGUGUGCGUUUCUAUAUCUGCAGCUUGCAUUCGGAGAUUAUUGUCUACAAAGCCCUUGUAACGACCAAUCAGCUGUGGAAUUACUACAAGGAUCUGAGUGACGCGGACUUCGAGACGCACAUCGCUCUCAUUCACAGCCGCUUCUCCACCAACACGUUCCCCAGCUGGGAGAGAGCACACCCGCAGAGGUAUCUGGCUCACAAUGGUGAGAUCAACACGCUGCGUGGCAAUAUGAACCUGAUGAAGGCGCGGGAAGGCGUGAUGAGCAGUGACGUGUUCGGAGACCAACUCAAACAGCUGUAUCCUGUUGUGGAAAGUGGAAUGUCCGACUCGGGCUGUGUAGACAAUGUGCUCGAGUUCCUGUGUAUGGCUGGGGGGAGAUCACUUCCUGAAGCUGUGAUGACUAUGAUCCCCGAAGCAUGGCAGAAUGACACAGAGAUGGACGCAGACAAGAGAAACUUCUACAGAUGGAGCGCCUUCGCUAUGGAACCCUGGGACGGACCCGCUCUGUUGACCUUCAGUGAUGGCCGCUACAUUGGCGCGAUCCUAGACCGGAAUGGUCUCCGGCCAUCGCGGUUCUACGUGACUGACGAUCACUUCAUGUACAUGUCCAGUGAAGUGGGUGUCACGGACCGGCAGCCAAGCGAAGUUAUUCAAAAGGGUCGUCUGAAACCGGGUCGCAUGUUGUUGGUGGACACUCGUGAGAAGAUCUUCAUGAAGGAUCAAGUUCUCAAGUCGUCGAUCGCACGACUCCGACCUGUGGGGACCUGGCUGAAAGAGACGGUGUCGCUAGCUGAUCUGCAGACGUCGUGUGCUGGUCUGGAUCUAAAACUGCCCGAGGUGAAGGUUUCGCACGUUCCACAUGGAGGUUGUGUUGAGGAGGACUUGAGACUUGUCAUGUUCGGUUAUACAAUCGAGGCCCUCAACCUCCUGAUAUUACCCAUGGUUCAAGAGAAGAAGGAAGCGCUUGGCUCCAUGGGUAAUGAUUCUCCACUGGCGUGUCUGUCACACUUCAACCCACUGAUGUUCGACUACUUCAAACAGUUGUUCGCCCAGGUGACCAAUCCUCCGAUUGACCCUUUCAGAGAACAGAUUGUCAUGUCACUGGCUUGCCCUGUUGGUCCAGAAGCCAACAUCCUGCAUCCGAGUUCCGACCAGUGCUGUCGUUUGUGGCUGGAGCAGCCGAUUCUCUCACUGCUUGACAUGGAGGUCAUCAAACAUUCAACAUACAGAGACUGGAAGACGUCUGUGAUUGACAUUGUCUACCCUGCUACAGAUGGCGCCACUGGUCUUCUUCCUGCCAUCAAGUCAGUGUGUCGGGAAGCAGAGGAGGCAGCGGUUAAAGGGUUCAAACUGAUCGUUCUGUCAGACAGGAAAGCAGGACAGGAUGAUCUCCCCAUCAGUUCUCUACUUGCUGUUGGAGCGGUUCACCACCACCUGAUAGAGAAGAAACUCCGGAUGAAGGUCGGACUUGUCAUAGAGACGGGAGAAGCCAGAGAGGUCCAUCACAUCUGCACGUUGCUAGGAUACGGCGUGGACGCGAUAUGUCCGUACCUGGUGUUUGAGACGUUGUCGCGGAUGAGAGAGAAGUCGUUACUUGAAUCUCCCCUGCCCGACGACGUCAUCUUCAACAACUAUGUGGCAGCGUGCACACGAGGCAUCUCCAAGGUGAUGGCCAAGAUGGGCAUUUCUACUCUGCACAGCUACAAGGGAGCUCAGAUCUUUGAAGCAGUUGGGAUAGCGAGUGAGGUGAUAGAUUUGUGUUUUAUGGGAACGGCUUCUCGAAUCGGAGGAGUCACCUUUAUGGUCCUCGGUCAGGAGUCUGUGAAUCGUCAUGAUAUAGCGUACCGACCUCACGAUGGAGACAAUCUCCUGGCAACCAACCCUGGGUUCUACCACUGGCGUGACGGGGGUGAGAAGCACAUGAACGAUCCAAUGACCAUAGCUAAUCUGCAGGAUUCUGCAGUCAACAACAAUCGAGAUGCGUACGCCAAGUUUGCCGAGUCAUCCACCGAGAGCGCCAGACACUGCACUCUGAGAGGUCAGCUCGCGUUCCACUUCAUAGACAAACCACUCGAUUUAGCUGAGGUGGAGGAGGCCAAAGAAAUCGUCAAACGAUUUUGUACAGGUGCGAUGAGUUUCGGCAGUAUCUCGUACGAGGCACAUUCUGCUCUAGCCGUCGCCAUGAACCGAAUAGGAGGGAAAUCCAACACUGGAGAAGGGGGAGAGAACUCUGACCGCUACUUGAAUGAAGACCCACAGUUCAACAAGAGAUCAAAGAUUAAACAGGUAGCGUCAGGGAGAUUUGGUGUGACCAGUUCUUACCUGACUCAUGCUGAUGAGCUUCAAAUCAAAAUGGCCCAGGGAGCGAAACCGGGAGAGGGAGGAGAACUGCCAGGAUACAAGGUAACUAAGGAUAUAGCACAAACCCGUCACUCUAUCCCUGGUGUUGGUUUGAUUAGCCCUCCACCGCAUCACGAUAUUUACUCCAUCGAAGACCUCGCGCAGCUAAUAUAUGAUCUGAAGGCAGCCAAUCCUGAUGCGAGGAUCAGCGUCAAGUUGGUUUCAGAAAUGGGAGUCGGAAUCGUGGCAGCUGGAGUGGCUAAGGGAAAGUCCGAACACAUCACAAUCUCUGGCCAUGACGGCGGUACAGGUGCCAGUAGCUGGACCGGAAUUAAGAACGCUGGGUUGCCGUGGGAACUGGGUAUAUCGGAGACACACCAGACUCUGGUGCUGAAUGACCUGAGAUCACGAGUCAUCUUGCAGGCCGAUGGUCAGAUGAGAUCAGGUUUUGAUGUGGUCGUUGCUGGUUUGUUGGGUGCCGAUGAGAUUGGGUUCAGUACGGCUCCGUUGAUUGCGCUCGGUUGUACCAUGAUGCGCAAGUGUCAUCUCAACACCUGUCCGGUUGGCAUAGCAACACAGGAUCCUAUUUUGAGAAAGAAGUUUGCAGGCAAACCAGAACAUGUGGUGAACUAUUUUUUUCUCUUAGCAGAAGAGGUUCGAGAAAUCAUGGCUAAGCUUGGUUUCCGAUCAUUUCAAGAAAUCAUUGGCCGCACCGACAAGCUGAAAUUCAAACCGGAUCCAGAUAACCCAAAAGCUCGUCUGCUGGAUUUCUCUAAGAUUUUGCUGAAAGCGACUGACCUCCGACCUACAGCGAGUAUUGUAGGUGGCAGCGUCAAGCAGGUCUUUGGCUUUGAGAAACGACUGGAUAACAUCCUGAUAGAGAAAGUAACUGAUAUUUUUGAGAAACGAACUAAACAAGUUGUAGUUGAUAUGAAGAUAACAAACGAGGACCGGACGUUCGCUUCGACACUGAGUUACCACAUUUCAAGACACACGGUGGAGGCGGGUCUCCCGGAGAACAGUGUGAUCAUCAACGUGACAGGGUCGGGUGGUCAGAGUUUCUGCGCGUUCAUGGCACGCGGCGUCCACGUCUUCCUCGAGGGAGACGCCAACGACUACGUCGGAAAGGGCCUGUCUGGGGGAGAGAUAGUGAUCUACCCCCCGCGGUCGAUGCCGAGUGCGUUCAAGUCUGAGGACAACAUCAUCGUGGGUAACGUCUGUUUGUAUGGAGCAACAUCCGGCAAGGCAUUCUUCCGCGGGCAGACAGCCGAGAGAUUCUGCGUGAGGAACUCGGGGGUCACCGCGGUUUGUGAGGGAUGUGGCGAUCAUGGAUGUGAGUACAUGACUGGUGGAAGAGUUAUCGUUCUUGGUUUGACUGGACGCAACUUCGCAGCUGGAAUGUCUGGUGGACUGGCCUUUAUAUACGAUAACAUGAAGAUGUUCCACCAGCGAUGUAAUAAGGAUAUGGUGGACAUUUUGUCCCUGGAGAUGGAGGCAGAUGUGAACUUUGUGCGUGAAACACUUGACGAGUUCCAGAAGAAGACGGGAUCGCUGCUGGCCUUGAACAUUCUGCAGAACUGGGAACAAGAGAAACAACAUUUCCUUAAGGUUUUUCCUCUGGAGUAUCAAAGAGCCUUGUCAGAAGCGGCUGCGGAAGCUGAAGCGAUGGAAAAGGAGAAACCUCAACAGAACGGGGUUCACAAAGACGACAAGAUCGAUUCCAAAAAGGAAGAAUCUCCAGUGACUGACAUAGAAGAGAUGAUUCCAAACACAACAAACCACUUGAAGAAACUUGACAAAUUGAGAGGGUUCGUCAAGUAUCAGCGUGCGCGCUGUCUCUAUCGUAAAGCCGAUGAGAGACUGGAAGACUGGAAGGAGAUUUAUAACCACAGUGAAAUACGAACCGUACUUCCCAUUCAGGCAGCAAGGUGUAUGGAUUGUGGAGUUCCGUUCUGCCAGUCUGACCACGGCUGUCCGCUCAGUAACAUCAUUCCCAAGUGGAACACACUCGUCUUUCAGAACAAAUGGCAGGAAGCACUUUAUCAACUUCUACAAACGAACAAUUUCCCUGAAUUCACCGGCCGGGUUUGUCCCGCUCCAUGUGAGGGCGCCUGCGUGCUGGGGAUCAACAGCGACCCAGUGACGAUCAAGGCCGUGGAGAAUGCGAUCAUCGACUACGCGUUUGAACACGGCUGGAUCACAGCGAGUCCUCCUGACCGGCGCACAGGGAAACACAUUGCAGUUAUCGGGAGCGGACCCGCCGGGCUGGCUGCUGCAGCUCAACUCAACAAGGUGGGUCAUCAGGUGACUGUUUUUGAAAGAAACAACCGGAUUGGUGGACUUCUGCGCUAUGGUAUUCCUACCAUGAAACUCAGUAAGGAGGUUGUUCAGCGACGAGUGGAUCUGAUGACUGCCGAGGGCGUCAUGUUUAAGACGAACUCUGAGGUUGGGAAAGAUGUGUCUGCUACUCACCUGUUGAAGGAGAAUGAUGCAGUUUUACUUUGUUUAGGAGCAACUUGGCCCCGUGAUCUUCCCAUUCCUGGAAGGAAUUUAGAAGGAAUUCAUUUCGCUAUGAACUUCCUGGAGACGUGGCAGCAGAAACAGCAGGUUAGUGAUGCAGGUUUGUCGGGGCUGAGUGCCGCGGGUAAACACGUCAUCGUUAUCGGAGGCGGGGACACAGGCUGCGACUGCAUCGGCACAUCGCUCAGGCAGGGUGCCGCCAGUAUCACCUCGUUUGAAAUCCUACCCGAGCCGCCACCAAACAGGGCUCACAGCAACCCAUGGCCAACGUGGCCCAAGAUCUUCCGAGUCGACUACGGCCAUGAGGAAGUGAAGGUCAAGAAGGGCAAUGACCCGCGCAUAUUCAACAUCAAGAGCACGGAGUUUGUUUCUGACGACGAUGCUCACGUUAGUGGUAUAAAAACAACGUUGGUGAAGUGGGAGAAAGAUGCAGCUGGCCGCUGGUCCAUGUCCGAUGUGCCUGGGUCGGAGAAGAUAUUCAAGUGUGACCUCGUUCUGAUUGCGAUGGGCUUCCUCGGGCCGGAGCGGAAGAUAGUCGAGCAGAUUGAUGUGGCUCUAGACCCGCGAGGAAACUUCAAAACUCCGCAGAACAAAUACUCCACCAGCAUGGCCAAGGUGUAUGCAGCAGGAGACUGCCGACGUGGCCAGUCUCUCGUCGUGUGGGCAAUCGCUGAAGGGCGUCAGGCAGCUCGACAGGUAGAUCAAGAUCUCAUGGGCAAGACGAGUCUCGCAGGUCCAGGUGGAAUUGUCGACCAGCCCGACUUAAAAUACAAAAUAUAGACUACCUGGGAAUGUUUGGACACGGCUAACAUACAAAAUAUAAACAACAUAAGAAUGUUAGGACACUGAUAACAUACAAAAUAUAGACUACCUAGACAUAUUAGUAUAUAUCUAAACUAUAAACAACAAUGGAAUAUUAGGACACAUUUAAAAUAGAAAUUGAGAUAUUGAUGUAAUUUAAUUUGCAGUUAAUGUUAUAUAUAAUUGAUAUAAAAUGUCUGUCAGGAGGUAUGACGAGUGUCGAAUAAGGAAAGAGAUGGGACAUAUCGUCAUUUCCACUGUCUGGUCUGCAGUUGCUCAAAGAGUUGAAGUGUUGGUAUGAGAUAUCAUGUUUGUUGAAGGGUUGGUACAAGGCAUCAUGUGUUUGUUGAAGUGUUGGUACAAGACAUCAUGUGUUUGUUGAAGUGUUGGUAUGAGACAUCAUGUACUGUUGACAGCACUCUCUGACAUAUUACAAUAUUUCUUCUGUAAUUAUUACAAAACUCCAGUCUACCGUAUUUAAUAACCGUCUCAGUUCAAUGCAUAUUUAGAAUCUACGACCAUAUUUAGAAUUCCAAAUAUGUAUCUUUGUGUAGAAUCUACCGUAAGUGAAAUACUCUUUAUAUUUUACAUCUUGGUACUCUCUGACAGACACUUGUUUUAAAGCAUGUCAAAUUGUAUGUUUAAGGGACUGUGUCAACAAUUUUGAUAACAUGAGGUGAUCAAAAACAUCCCUAUUUGAUACUUUUGUUUAUAGUUGUAUUUUUAUAGGUGAGAUUUUACAAAUUACGAUUAUAGCAAGAAGAAAUCUGGUACUAAUAAAUGUGUGUGUAGAUAGGUAAGAGGAGUUGGUCUCAAAUAUUGUUAUAAAGUGGAAAUUUCCUUUUGUGAGAAACUUUUUCUUGUCUGAAUCUUGACCAUACUUUAGUAAAGAAAAAGUCUUUUGUUUACCACUUUGGAAUUGUUGUAAUUUUAUUGGUCCUUUACCGGUCCAACUGGAGGGGACUGACUAUAGGUUUAAUCAGUUUUCCAGAAUUUGUUUUGCAAGGCCUCAAGAUAUUGAGCUGAAAUUGUGUGUUAGUUUUAUCAUGUUCUGUUACAGAUCAUGUUUGAUUUUCAUAACAAUUUACACAGAGUUAUGGUCCUUUAAAUUGGGAGAUAUAAAACAAUUUGUGGACAAUCUUUUCUGGCAAUGCCUGAAGAUAUUAUUAUUGAGAUGAAAUUUUGCACAUAGCUUUAUCAUGUACUGUUACAUAUCAACUUUAACUUUCAUGACGAUUUACCAAUUUUGCAUAGAGUUGUUGCCCUUGAACUCAGAAGAUACGAACAUUUGUUGAGCCCUAUAGAAAACAUGAAUGGCUUUGGCAGUACUUUCAGAAUGCUUGUUUAAUAUAUAGUAGACUUGAUGUGGUAUAGUUAUGAAGUGUAGUUAUCAAGUAUAUUUAAUCUGGCUUCAUUCUGUGAUUAUACAUCCAAGUAGUCCUUAGUGUUAUGGUUAUUUGAUUCACAUACUGUGAUAAAACAGAAAGUAUGAAUUUUGUUGAUGUUGCACCACAUGAUGGUUACCAUUAUAUAAAUAUUUGUUUAGAUAAUUUAUACAUUUUAAACAACAAAAGUUAACAAAAAGGUGCAUGAAAUAUUUCUGUUGUCAGUAUAAAGAAAAUAAUCUCUAUUUGAUUGGUUGAAUGUUGUUUUAAUCCCUCUCAUUUUGCCUGUUGUUUUGGGAGUGGAUUCUGUGUGUAUAUAUUCCUAGUUACUCAGAUGGUGGCCACGAAUCAUGGAUAUUAUCACGUGAUUGCUGUUUGUGUGUUAAUGUGCAGUAAUCACCAAAACGUGUGUUUAUCUGGUAGCAUGUAAUAAUAGCAGGCUUAAUGAAGUGUGAUUUAUCAUAUGUCAGUGUCUAUUAUGUGUGUAUUGUACACCUACAGAGUGUAUCAGAUCAAUUAUUAGAGUUCACUUGAUUGGCCGACAUUUGAUAUUGACUCAUUAGAUCAGUUAUUUAAAUCGGCAUCUUAAUGUAUUUUUGUGACACUCUGAAUGUUUGUUGAAUUAGUGACAUUUUUGGUUGUGACAGCAGCAGGAUCUGAAAUAAAUUAUCUGGUUGCAAUGAUUUUACAGCCAAAAACCUUUCAGUUUAUCUAAAACAGAAUUAAUUAUCUAAAAGAUUAAAAUAUUAUUUUGGUUGUUUUUAUAAAUAUUUUUAAAUUAGUAUUUACAGUAUAUAUAUACAAAAAAUAUCAGUAAAUUUUAUGCAAUUUUUAGCAUAUUUUCUCAUACUAUGUAUUUACUAAUACAUUGUAAACAGACAGCAAAUACAUUGUAAACAGACACUUUUAUAGAGUAUUUAAAGGCGAUGCCACACGAUACGAGAAUAGCCGAUUACAUAGCAACCAAUGAAAUUGUAAUGUUGUCUUGUCAGUCGACUAUUCUCAGGCACUCGUAUCAUUUGGCAUCACGUUUAGAGAAACAUUAAUGUCACAGAAGUUUAUGUCUAAGGAACACUUGUUAAUGAUAUAAUUAGUGAGAUAAUUCACAGCUAUACCAGAUUUCCGCCAUCAAAAUUCUAUAGCAUGUCUGUCCACUUGGUGAGACUUGGUUAAAACUGAAGUUUUCUAGUAUGCAAAACAUGCAACAUAUUGAGUUGGUGCAUGUUUCCAGAUGUUUUUUUAUACAUAGUGUUAUUUAUGAACCAAAGUGCUUGACAUUGUUAGUGCUUUCAUACUGAUGUAAAACAUUUUCAGUUUACUCCCUUACGAAAAGAACCCAGUGUUGUCAAAAUACAAUAUAUUGCAAAAUUCGAAAAACACACACACAUUUUUAAAAAUAAUUUUGUUGAAAUUAACCUAAAGAAAGAUAUUUCUCGUUUUCUUCCUUAGAUUGUUUUAUAAUUACUAGUAUAUAAUCUUGUAUCUUGUUAAUUCAAAUAAGCCACUAUCGCAGUUUUAUUGUUUAUACAGGUAUACUUUAUAGCUGCAGUUCAUUCUUGCCUGUGAUGUAAUUUACUUUGUUUACACCCUUUGUUUAUAGUUUACAACUCACUGCUCAGUUUGGUUUUUAUGUACACAUACAUGUGCUACAAUCGAAUCUCAGCUGUGUGACCUUGUGACGGGUGAAACACCACACACGUUAUGCACUGCAGUAUAUAUGGAGCAGCACGCUCAGCCUUUUUAAUAUUUUAGCAUUUAGACAAG